AUGGCGCAGAUUCGAGACUACGAGAUAAACGUACCACAAGAGAAGUUGGACCGCCUCAAUCGCCAAAUCGAUGAGUAUCAGUGGCCGACGGAGCUCGAAGGUGCAGGAUGGGACUAUGGCUCCCCACUGGCCGAUAUCCAGCGUUUCGUGAAGCACUGGAGAACAGGUUUCGACUGGCGGGCCCAGGAACGUCGAAUGAACGAGUUCCCAAACUUUGAAACUACCGUCCAUGUUGAUGGCUUUGGGGACAUUGACAUGCACUUUCUGCACCAGAAGAGUGUUGUGAAGGGUGCCAUUCCCCUCUUGUUUGUCCAUGGGUGGCCUGGGAGCUUUCUAGAGGUUACCAAGAUGCUUCCGAUGCUUGAAGGCGGUGAUGGCAAACCGGCAUUCCAUGUUGUUGCUCCCUCGCUCCCAAACUAUGUUUUCUCCGGUCCGAUGUUGAAGAGGGGCUUCUCCAUAGGGAGAUACGCCGAUGCCUGUCACCAUGUCAUGUUGAAGCUUGGCUAUGACCAGUAUGUGACUCAAGGAGGGGACUGGGGGUAUUUAAUCACCCGAGCCCUUGCGUACUUGUACCCAAAACAUGUCAGGGGUACUCACGUCAACUGGGCGUGGGCCGCAAAGCCUGAAUUCACGUUGGAAAACCCAGAGCCAGAGUAUUCCGAGCGGGAGAAACGACAGAUCAAGCAAGGUGAAAGAUGGUAUCCGUUUGGGACAGGAGAAGGGCGUGGUUAUAUUGCCAUUCAGUCAACUCGGCCCGCGACUAUCAACUUUCUCAUUUCUUCCAAUCCGAUUGGCUUGAUGGCAUGGAUAUGGGAUAAACUCAAUGACUGGUCCGACAGCUAUCCCUGGACAGAGGAGGAAGUGUGCUUAUGGACAUCAAUGUAUGUAUUUUCGCGUGCCGGGGCUGAUGCAGCUUCAUACAUCUAUUACGAGGCUUUGCAUGACACCACCGAGAUCACGAUUCCUGCUGUGCAAGGAUACAUCGACGUGCCGCUAGGUAUCGCAGAUUUCCCCGUGGAGAUAUGCAACAAUCCGAAAGCAUGGCGACAUACAAUGGGACCGAUAGUGUAUCAGAAGGUCUUCGACAAAGGAGGUCAUUUCGCAGGAUGGGAGAGGCCGCAGGACGUGGCAGAGGGGUUGUGUGAGAUGUUCGGAAAAGGAGGAGGAGCGUACGGUGUCGUUGAGGGAAGGGAUGGAUAUUAA